AUGUCGGCAUCUUCUCUUCGUGAUGAUCAAAUGGUUGGGCGGAAUCCUUCAUUUCAUCCCAAAUACCUGUCAGAUCUUUGUAAGAUAAAUAUUAGCAAAGACUAUAACUUGCAAAUUGUGAGCAUGGUCAUUUGCUUUCUCAGUAUCAUUAGUUCUGUGUUUGUGUUUCUUGGAGUGAUUUUAUAUCGGAAAGAAACCAAGUCUCCCCGUUUGAAUAUUUUAGGAUCAGCUGAGCUCUAUGGAAAGUCUUCAAAACUAUGGUGCGAUUUUGCAAACACUCCAUCACACUUGAUCAAUACUUCAAUACCGACUUUUGAGAAAAAUUAUCUAGGAUAUGACAACAUACAUUUGAUCAACAACAAUAGAUUCUCUCUAUUAAGGAACUCGAGUGCUGAUCCUGUUGAAUCUUAUUGGGCUAUUUUCUUUGAAAUUGGAUUUUUUUAUGUUCCAAACACUUUGGUGUUAAUAGUUAACAUUUUACUCUUUGUUGUGAUUAUUGUGAAAAUUAGGAGGAAUUCAAAAAUGUUGCAAAAUCAUCAACUGACCAUCGCCGUGAACUACUCUUCAAUGAAGUCCUCAACAUCAAAUCUAUCUCUAGAAAAUGCAUCAGACUCUUCCCCAUCUCUUCCUAUUCGAAAUCCUAUUCGUUCCAAAAUGAAUUCAAUUAGUCCUUCUAGCAAAAAGAGCUUACCAUCUGGAUCAGUGGGAAAUCUCGAAUCUACAUCGUUCAAUGAAAAUCAAGAAGAUGAGAAUCAAGAAAUUUUAGAUGAAAACAAACCUCUACUCGCAGUUAAACGAAAUUUCUCAAGUAAUAUUUCACUGAAUGCCCUUGGUAAAAAGCAAGGUUCCUCUACAUCUCUGCAGGCAAUAGCUCUUCAAAAUAAUUUGCAAAAAACAGGUAGUAAUCAACCAUCAUCCGUUCAGAGUUCUCAAACCACUACAUAUAAUUCAUUUUCAUUCUUGAUGUUUGGAAAUAAUAUCAAAUAUUCAACAUUAACACAAAAGGAUAUUGAUGAAUAUAUAGAAUUUUUGCAUUCCCAGUCAAGAACAGCUCUUUAUUAUAUUGCUGUACUAACAAUUAAUUGGAUUGUUUGGAUAGCAUCAAGAUUGUGUUGGGAGUUUAUUCAAUGUCAAGAAUCAGAUAGUACUUCCAUUGUAAUAUUUGUGCUCUUAUCUAUUGCAGAGCAGUGUAGCGGUCCAAGAAUGAGUUCUAUUUUAUUGAGUAUAAUAUUUGGAAUUUCAGAAGAUACUGUGUCUCCUUCAAAUCUUGCUGACAUGUUGCACGAUGUUACGUGCUUGAGAUAUUUUACGACUUACUGUGCUGAAAGAGAUAACUCAACACAAUCCAGUGAGGUUGACAAGGAAGUGAAUACGGCCGAGUAUGAUAACCUGGUGUUCUUUUGGUUUGAUUUGUAUCAACUGAAAGCUCUCAUACUGCAAAACGACAAAGAGGGAGAUGAAAGGAAAAAGCAAAUAUCUGAAGCAGUACUGGAUAUUUGUGACAAGUACUUUUCUGAAACAUCCGUUCUCAAAAUUAAUUCUGACAUUAUCUCGAACAAAGACAAAAAUCACAUCAGAACAUCAAUUAUGAGAUACAUCAAAGGAACCUCUCACAAUGACAAUGAUGAGGACUACUCAGAUAGUGACUAUUCAGAGAAUGGAGACGAAGACACCUCAUCCACUAUUUCUGAAGUUGUAGAUAACAAUUCUACCAUUCCUAAGGAAGAUUUAAUUUUGCUUAAUCUUUUGAAACAUCCAUUGAAAUUGACUCUCCGUAAAAUGAAUGAAUUAUUGUUUGAGUUUAAGACAAGUCCUGCCUUUGACGAACUAAUUAAUGUAUUGAGAAUGAAAGCAGUUUCUCAGAGAAGAAGCUUGUUCAAAGAUAUUCUCUACAAGCUUGGACGAUUGUUUCUGCAAUGUUUAGGAAUGUGUCAAAUUUGGUGCCCAAGUUCUCACGAUCCAAAUUCCAUCAGUGGAUAUGAAUCUGUAUCAGAAAAUGAAAAGAAUCACAUGGACCAUAUGGACGUUCAAAUUAAGGAUUUAUGGUCUUUAGAUUAUUCUAAAGAUGUUUUUGAGUAUAUCGAUCGUGUGAAGAGUCUAAAGUUAGAUAAUCGAACGUUGAUGAAGUUCUAA